UAUCGGUACCAUGGUAAACAUAUAAGCACAAUCGAAGUUGUGUAGUGGGUGAUGUAGAAGUGGUGCAGAAAAUAGUGUCGAAAAUCACAUUAAUAUUUUCAAAAUGUUGUGUUUUAUUGCAUCCCGUACUUCUUGAAUUGAUGGAGGCUCUAAUGGUGUAUGGUUGGUUGCUCUUGGGUUUGGUUGAUUUGGAUCUUCUACUUCGAUGGGGCAAACAGUUGGACUUCAAAUAUUUAAUACUUGUCCUAAUAUGUAUUACAAUAUUGGUAUGUGUAUAUCAACAAGGUAAUGUAACUGCCCGAAUCGAAAUUGAAGAAAAAAUUUGUAGAAAGGAACCAAAAUUUACGGUAGUGGAGAAAAAGUCUGACUCAGGACUGUUUACUAUUAAUACCCCUGGUUGUACAAUUCCAUAUCUGCAUCCUUAUGAUAAAAGUAUCUUAGAUUUUAUAGAGCAGCCAGCCACAUAUGUUUGUAAUAAUGGUACACCAGCAUUAUUUGAAUCAGAUAGGAAAUCCAUAAGAGUUAUAAAAGAAUCGUUGCCCUUUUAUAAUGUAACUGACAUAAAUAAUCUGACAUGUUGUUACAAAACAUUUUGGAGAGAAGAUCCUGAUGAUGAUGUUGCAGACCAUAAAGUAAGAUACAGUGAAGAUUGUCAAGCAUUUGUUAAUACGACUGAAGUAAAAGAAGAGUUUAUAAAAGUUACAUGCAGCUACAACAAUCGUGAUAUUUAUACUGAUUUAUUUGCUUUUGUCCCUGUAAAAAACCUAUCGGAAAAUGUGAAAAACGAUCUGAUCCAAGACGAGUCCUCUUUAAAUAUUUUAGUGUUGGGCUUAGAUGCUAUUUCAAGAUUAAAUUUUCAUAGACAAAUGCCAAAGACAUUAAGUUAUUUAGAACAAAUUGGAGCCGUAGAAAUGAUGGGAUAUAAUAAGGUUGGUGACAAUACAUUUCCCAAUCUAAUUCCAGCAUUAACAGGAAAAACUGUAAAGGAAAUCGAGAACGAUUGCUGGCCAACUAAAACACACCAUUUUGAUAAAUGUCCGUUCAUAUGGAAGAGCUACAAACAAAAAGGAUAUGUAACAGCUUUCGACGAAGACUCUUCUUGGGUGGGAACAUUUAAUCAUAUAAAAAACGGUUUCAAAAAACAACCAACGGACUAUGCUUUCAACUAUUUUGAUUUUGAGGCUAUAAGAUUACUGGGAAAUACUGGGUUGGAAACUGUUGAAAUUUGUCAAGGAGCAAGGUGGGUAUAUAAAGUUCAUUUGAACUACUUAUCCAAUUUCGUUCGAACGAUGGAAGAUAACUUACUAAAGUAUUUUGGCUUUUUCUGGCAGAACAGUAUAUCUCAUGAUGAUCUAAAUUUACCUAGAAUAGGUGAUGAUCAUUACUACUCUAUGUUUAAAUAUUUUGGGAAAAAUGGUUAUCUCAAUAAUACAAUUCUCUUCGUUAUGAGCGAUCAUGGAAUAAGAACUGGUAAAAUAAGAAGUACAUUCCAAGGCAUGAUGGAAGAAAGAUUACCGUUACUAUUUGUAUAUCUUCCAGAUUGGUAUAAACAACGAUACCAUCAGGAAUAUAAUAAUUUAAAACAAAAUUCUUUGCGUUUAACAACACCUUUUGAUUUAUAUGAGACUUUUGUUCAUUUGUUAAAUAUAGAAAAUAGCAAUACUAAAAAUGAUAGUUCCGAUAAGUCUAGAGGUGUAAGUUUACUAAGAAAAAUUAGUGAACAUAGAACUUGUGAUGAUAUAGGCAUUGUAAGCCACUGGUGCACCUGUCAAAAAAGUGUAGAAGUUGAUAUAGACGAUAAAAAUAUUAAAGCUGUAGCUGAUUUCUCUGUUAGCUAUAUUAACAAGCAACUGUCUGCUCAUUCUCAAUGUGCACAUCUAAAUUUAAGUAGCAUAUCAAGUGCAAGACGUAUGGAACAUAAUAAAGAAAUAACAGGAGAUCAUCAUGUAUUAGAUUAUAUGAUAAGUUUUACAACAAUUCCUGGAAAUGGUUCGUUUGAAGCAACCGUAAGGUAUAUGUCAGAAUUUAAAAGUUACAGUAUUGUUGGUUCAAUUAGCAGGUUAAAUUUAUAUGGCGAACAAAGUGCUUGUAUUUCAGAUUAUGAGUUAAAAUUAUAUUGUUAUUGUACCUGAUGUAAUAAAAUUAAUAAAAAGCAUUUGUUGCGUUA